GUUUAUAUUCAUAAUAUGCGGGUAUAUAGAAUGCUCGUGCUCGCGCGCGUGUGUGUGUGCGUUAGUGUGAGUGUGUGUAUGUACUAAAUACACUGUAUUGUCUCUGCGACUACAUGGGGUAAAUUUGUUGUUAAAGUGCUAAUAAAUUGACAGUCUGCCGCCGCAUUUCAAUUCGCACGACAAUGGCCGCCGCAUCAAGUGGUCGUCGCCUCAACUUCCAGCACGAAAGCAAAAGCAACAAAAAUCAAGCACUGCGCUUUUCCAACUCUGUGUUUACCUUGUGAAAUUCAGCAAACUCAACGCCUGCACGGUUAUUAACUAAAUACACAUUAACCGUAAUUCCGCAUUGGACAAACUACAACAUAUCGAUUGCUACGAUCGUGCGACGGGCGGACAGACCCUCAUUCGGCUGACGCACACUCAUCAAAGCUCAAAGUUCUCCACGGUUGUUGUGACAAGUGCUACUCUGUUUCCCCUCUCUCUCUGUCUCUGUCUUUCUCUGUGUGAGUGCCUCUAUUCGCAUUCUUAUCCAGGAAAGUUAUCGCCGCACUCCCCCUAUAUGCAUUAACUGCACAACUUAAAUGUUGAUCCCCGUUAAUAUUACAAAUAAUUGCCCCAAACUGUGUGAAACACAAUAAAACUCAGUCGCGACGCGGAGAGCUCGCGUUUUAUCAGUUCGAGUGACUGCUCAACUGUGCGCUGCUGCUAAAACUGUAAUCAAUAUAAUUAAAAACAAAAUGCCGCGCAGAAAAGUGGAAUUCCGCGUGAAGCAAACGUCUUCACGGCCCAUGCCCAUGUCAACUGCACGCAUUGGCACGCUGGAGGAGGAUCUGCAUCCGGACGAUGAGCUGGCGGCACACUACGAAGCAUUCGGCACCACGCCCCCGCGCACCCGCCUGAAGAUCAAGACCCGGGACUGGGAACGCAAGCAGAAGUGUACUAUUGUCGAUAGCUCUACAGAUGCACCGGCCAGCGUGGGGGGCACGCCCAAGAAGGGCAUGACAAGGAUGGCGCGCUCCCGAGUGCUGCGCCGCAACACCAUGGACUGCGCCCUGCUCAACGAGAUGUUCGUCAACGAGGAGGGCAAACGGACGGACAAGCGGAUGCAGUCCAUCCUGCGCGACUCGGAGCGCGAGAUGAAGAACUCGCUGGCAUCCACAAUGAUUGUGCCGCCGCGUGGCAACAGCUUCCACGAGGGCGCCCAUCCGCUGGAGUCGCUGGACAAGAUAAUGCCACUCAACUCGGAUGAGCCAGCUGGCGCGCCCUUACGCAUUGCCUCCAAGGUGGUGGAGAGCUGCAAUCGCUAUCGCUGUGUGUCCUCGCGGCCCAUUGGCUGUCGAUCGUCGGCGCCGCCGCUGGCCUUUACGCCUCAGCUGCCGGCGCUGCGGACGGACGGCAAGCCGACGCCAGGCCUCAGCAAGCGCAAGGAAUUCCACGAGACGUUCGCCAAUCUGAUCAAGCUGGGCAGCGUGGAUAGGCAGGACGGCAAGCUGUCGCAGGAGGAGCACACGUGGCAAACGGAGCUGAAGGAUCUCAUCUGGCUGGAGCUGCAGGCCUGGCAGGCCGAUCGCACCGUCGAGCAGCAGGACAAAUAUCUAUACGAUGCCCGUCAGGGCGUCUCCGAUCUGCUCCAUCAGAUCAUCAGCUACAAGUUCCAGCCGCCCUACAGGCGUGAGCCCAGCCUGCUCAGCCUGGACAGUGGCAUACACUCGGACGCCAAUUCCAAUGCCAGCUCCCCCUUGCCCAGCAAACUGUGCCAGGGCUGCAUGUCGCUGUACUGCAAGGACUGCAUGGAGCGGCAGGAGCUGGCGCUGCGUGAGGUCGAGGACUUGCUGACGCGUCUGGAGGCCGCCGAGGCUCUUUACCCGUCGUCCCAGGCCAUGGGUGCCCUGCAUCCCAUAUACAAGUCGCAGAGCUUUGUGGGUCGCAUCAAGGCCAUGUGCCUGUGGUACAACAUUACCAAGCAGAACAAGCUCAAGCUGAGCAUUCUCGGCCGGAUUCUGGCACGGCUGCAAGACGAGAAGUUCUCCUGGCCGGUGCAGACAUCGUACAUGGGCUCGGACAGUGGCAACUCGUCGUCCUCAGGCGUGGACAACGAUGAUUCGGCGGUCAAUUCAUUGGACUCGUCGAAGCCGCCCAGCGUGGCAGGCAUUGGGCCGGCGGCACGCCGAGGCUGCGGCAACAUGUCCUGUGCCCGAGUGCAGUUCAUGCUGAACGAUUCGACCCACGUGCCAGGCGAAAGCUCCAGCAGCAAUGAGUCCACCUCGACGGAGGUCAGCCAGCUGUCCAACGAGCUGCCAGGGGGGCAACUGCGCAAGGGCUCCAUGCACGACAUCAACAUCUUCAGCGUGGAGCCACUGGGCACUUCGAGCAACGAUGGCGAGCAGGUCUCGGGGCUGUAUCGCAAGUUCAUCGAGAACGUGCUGAAGUGCCGGGGAUUGGCCAAGUCGUUGGCCUUCCUCCAUCAGCUGCACACUGUGGCGCUCUACAAGGCGCACAUUGCCCUGGAGAGGCCAGGCGCCGAGGAUUUGGAGGACUUUGAGCUGGAUACGGAGAUCAUUGAGCAGGACGUGCCGCGCAUGGAUCCGCAGAUUAGCCGCGAGCAGAUCAUCGAGCUGCGCACCUACGGCUACUGGAGCGAGGAGGCGCAGUCAAUCAAUCUGCCCUCGUACAUUCCCACAUUUGUGUUCCUCAGCGGCAUCCCGUUGCAGUUUAUGCACGAGUUCUUGCGCAUGCGCCUCGAGACGCGUCCGGUGCGGCCCAAUCCACUCAGCCUGGAGCAGCUAAUGAAGGAGCUGCGCGAAGGCUUGACCCUGGCCUUGACGCAUCGCGAGCGCUACCAGCGCCACAUCACCACAGCCCUGGCCGAGAAUGAGACGGAGCUGGACAGCUACAUCAACAUCCUCAACCAGUACGAUGCGACGGUGCGCAAGACCUUCGAGCUGUACAUGGACUACAUCGACCAGCUGGUGCUGGUCGCCGUGCCGGAGACCAAUCAGAAGUCGGUGCUGGAGAAGGAGUGGAUGUUCACCAAGCUGAUCAGUCCCAUGAUCAAGGGCAUGCACACGGUUGCCUCCCAGAAAUUCUGCAACAUCAUCAGCAAGCUGCUGUGCAGCAUUUCGAAGCGCCUGGUGCAGCGCUCCGAGGAGCUGGACGAACAGAUAGCCAGCACGGCGCACAGCAACGACAGCGAGGAGCUCAAGUGGCAGCUGCUCACCAUUUGCCGCGAGACACAGGCGCUGCUGACCGUCGAGCGGGAGCGCUCCAUCAAGGUGCUCUUCUUUGCGAAGACCUUCUGCCGGGACGUGGAGACGACAGACUUCCACCGGGAGCACUACGAGCACGACGUGGCCAAUCAGCAGCACGACUUCAUCUGCUCGGACGUGAAGGCCGCAUUCAAGCUGCUGCAGCAGGAUGUGCUCGAGGUGCGCAACAAGCUGACGGGCAUCAUCAAGGGCGUGCAGCAGCGCUGCUGCCUCAACAACCUGCUCGAGCUGGACGAGCAGGACCGGCUGGCGGUGCUGUCGCGCACGCGCGAGAUUCUCCACCAGGGCUACAAGUUCGGCUUCGAGUACCACAAGGACGUGAUACGGCUGUUCGAGCAGCGCAUCAUGGGCCAAAAGGAUAGCGGGCACACGGUUGACCUGGCCUUGGGCAUCAUUGCGUUCGCCAAGAUGUGGAUGCAGUUCGUCAUGGAGCGCUGUGAGCGGGGCCGGGGCAUGCGCCCACGCUGGGCCUCCCAGGGCUUGGAGUUCCUAAUGCUGGCCUGCGAUCUGCAGAUCACCCAGCAUCUGGACGAUCGACAGUUCGAGGAGCUGAAGCAGCAAAUGGACCGCUGCAUAUCGCACGUGAUUGGCAUCACCUCGGAGCCGGAGAAGGUGGCGCGCAAGAAGGCAUCGCCGCGCACCCGCAAGACAUCCUCGCCAGCGACCAGCCGAUCGAGGACACCCACCCGCACCCCGAUGUCGGCGGGCGUCAUAGUGAAUCCCAACACGCCGCCGCUGCAGUCGCCGCAGUACAACAAGCUGCUGCAUCCCCAGUUCAGCCUGAAGGAGGAGCUACUGCAGCAGAACUCGGCCGCCUACAGUUCCGUCGACAGCGGCGACUUUGUGGAGGCGCCACAUGGCCCGGCCAACGGGGAGCUGCGUCUCCUAGUGCCGCAGACGCCGCCCAUUUCCAAGGGCAGCAGCCCCAGCUCCGCAUCGACACCGCUGGCGUCGCGGCAGGAGCGAGUGCGCGAUGCUGUCAAUCGCCUGGAUCUAGAUCUGGAGGAGCAUCUGCGCGAGCGUCGACUCAUUGGCCAGGUGAAGGCGCUCAACUCGUGCGACAAGGUCCAAAUCCGAGCACGCAGCGUGCACUUCCGCUGGCAUCGCGGCAUCAAGAUUGGCCAGGGACGGUUCGGCAAGGUCUACACGGCGGUCAAUAACAACACCGGGGAGCUGAUGGCCAUGAAGGAGAUUGCCAUUCAACCGGGCGAGACACGCGCCCUCAAGAAUGUCGCCGAGGAGCUGAAGAUUCUGGAGGGCAUCAAGCACAAGAACCUUGUGCGCUACUAUGGCAUCGAGGUGCACCGCGAGGAGCUGCUCAUCUUCAUGGAGCUCUGCUCAGAGGGCACACUCGAAUCCCUGGUGGAGGUGACGGGCAGUCUGCCCGAGGCGCUCUCGCGCCGCUUCACGGCCCAGCUGCUUUCGGGCGUCGCUGAGCUGCACAAGCACGGCAUCGUCCAUCGGGACAUCAAGACGGCGAACAUCUUCCUCGUGGAUGGCAGCAACAGCCUCAAGUUGGGCGACUUUGGCUCCGCGGUCAAGAUCCAGGCCCACACCACGGUGCCCGGCGAGCUGCAAGGCUACGUAGGCACCCAGGCCUACAUGGCGCCAGAGGUGUUUACCAAGACGAACAGCGAUGGCCAUGGUCGCGCCGCCGAUAUCUGGUCGGUGGGCUGUGUUGUGGUCGAGAUGGCCUCCGGCAAGCGACCCUGGGCACAGUUCGAUUCAAACUUCCAAAUCAUGUUCAAAGUGGGCAUGGGCGAGAAGCCGCAGGCGCCGGAUACGCUGUCCCAGGAGGGCCACGAGUUCAUCGACUGCUGCCUGCAGCACGAUCCCAAAAAGCGUCUCUCGGCCAUAAUGCUGCUCGAGCUGAACUUUUGCAAGUCUGGCCGGGACGAGGAGGGCAACAGCGAGCAGCUGCAGGCGCAGAUGCGAGGAUCGUUUCGACGCAACAUGGCGCAGAGCUAAUUCAGUUCACCUGUUCACCUUUGCAUGUGUUGUGUGCUGUGUACGAUAUGUAUGUGUAUGUGUAUGUGUAUGUGUACGUGUAACCGUAUAAUUAAUGUGAAGACGACCAAAGGUCCAAUUGCGCCUAGUUUUAUUAUCGGACAAUAAAUAUACCCAAUGAAAUAUCUAAAUAAAAAACCUUUGCGAAUGCAGUAUUCGCAAUAUAUUUAUUAAGAAACUGUUACAGUAGCCGGCUGGCAAAUGCUCUACCCUACGUUUAUCCAGCGUAAUUCGGGUACGCGGUGUCGAUGUCGGGUGUUUCCACGGUGGUCGGCACAUUAGGUGGCGGUGGAACCUCACCUUCGCCACCACCGUUACCUAUGCCGUUGGGUGGUGUUGGCGCCGCUGUUGGAAUGGGUGGCACCGUCUGUGCCUGGAUCAGCGGCGCAGCGCAAAGCAGGAAUGCCAGGCAAAGGCUCAGCAGCAAAUGGAGAACU